GUGUUUCUGGUAAAUAAACCAUACUGAAUAUUCUUAGUGUUUAGAGCAACAAAACAAUACAAAAUAUAUGUACUCCUGCAGGUAACAAAAUUUUUUUGCCAUGUCAACCGAACUAUACACUGUCAAAGAGGGCUGGUUGAUGAAAAGAGGUAAAUACAUCAAGAAUUGGAGGCCAAGGUAUUUUGUUCUUCGCAGUGAUGGUUCAUUCCUGGGAUUUAAAGAUAAGCCAAGAGCAGAAAUUAAUUCUGUUGAUCCGUUAAACAACUUUUCUGUUGAGCGUUGCCUGAUUAUUAAAAAAAGUAAACCUAAACCAAAUGGAUUUAUCAUCAGAUGUUUUCAACUUACAAAAUUUGUUAAUAGGACUUUCGCUGUCGAUUCCUCUUCUGACAGGGAAGAUUGGAUAAAUGCCAUUGAAGAUGUUUCUAAUCGAAUGAAGAAAGAAGAGAAAGCCAGAGAUGGUGCUAUAUCCUCCACCCAUGAUAGCUAUGAUUCUUCAAAGAUGACUUUGGAAGAUUUUGAAAUCCUGAAGGUUUUAGGAAAAGGCACUUUUGCCAAAGUAAUGUUGGGAAAGGAAAAGAAGACAGGCAAUGUUUUUGCAAUAAAGUUACUCCGAAAAGACGUUAUUCUUGCAAAGGAUGAAGUAGAACACACGCUCACUGAAAAUCGAGUUCUCCAAUCUACAAAGCAUCCUUUCUUAACAGAACUAAAAUAUUCGUUUCAAACGCCAGACCGACUUGUAUUUGUUAUGGAGUGUGUCAAUGGUGGGGACUUGUUCUUUCAUUUGCAACGGGAAAAAGUAUUUUCAGAGGCUUGGUCAAAGUUUUAUGGUGCAGAAAUCACAUUAGCCUUAAAGUACCUACAUGAAGAAAAAAUUGUUUACAGAGAUGUGAAGCUUGAAAAUCUUCUCAUUGAUUCAGAUGGACAUAUUAAAUUAAUAGAUUUUGGUUUAUGCAAACAAGAAAUCUCCUUCGCAGACAUAACACAAACAUUUUGUGGAACUCCUGAAUAUUUAGCUCCUGAGGUGCUAGAAGACGAUCAUUACGGUAAUGCUGUCGACUGGUGGGGAUUUGGUGUUGUCUUAUACGAAAUGUUAUGCGGUAGACUGCCGUUCUAUAAUCGUGAUCACGAAGUAUUAUUUGAACUCGUAUUGCGUGAGCCCGUUCGCUUUCCAUCAUGUUUGACGCCGCAAUCAAAAAGUAUACUGAAUGGAUUGCUGGAAAAAAGUCCAGAAAAAAGGUUGGGUGGAACUAUUCGUGACGCCGAACAAGUUAUGGAGCAUGAAUUCUUCGAGUUAAUUAAUUGGAAUGACAUAUUUCAUAAGAAGAUUCCUCCUCCCUUCAAACCAUCCAUUGACAACAAGGAAGAUGUGAAAUAUUUUGAUGAAGACUUUACAAGAGAGACUCCCAGACUUACACCUCCCAAAGAUUGUUUGGAUGAUUAUGCGACGAAGUACUUCUCUGAGUUUUCCAGCUUUUCAUUUGUCGACAAUGGAGAAGAGCUGAAUAAAUAGUUUUCCUUCUUUGCGAAAAUAAGUUUAUGGAUAACGAGCAUAAUUAAAGCAGUAUAAACACCAGAAUAUCCAGUCGUAUUUUUUUGUAAUUUUUAUUUUUUAUAGUUGAUGAUAUAGUGUUCUAUAUUUUCAGGAGUCUGUAACUGAAGAACAUUGUGGCAGUAUAGUCAUCAUCAGGUAAAAAUCUAAAAUAACAGUAAAAUCAGUUAAUGCAGAUUAAAACAAAAUUAUCACAAACUUUAAAACAUAUUGAAAUGAUAUUAAAACCUUAUCAAAGGAGUGUGACUUUUAAACUCGUCUUUUGUAUUCAACGAUGGCUUAAUGUCAUUUAAAAAAGGGCUUUCAAAAUCAGUAAAUGCCGUUGAGACUUUGAGGUCGAUAAAAUUUUAACUGUUUAUACUUAUCAGGGGACAAGGCAUGGAAGUUCAUUAAUAAACCUGUAUCCGUCUUUUUGCUAUGCCAAGUUGACUCUAGCAAUCCAUCUUGUUUCAGUAAAUUAACAUAUCUAAGAACGGCAAUUCACCGUUUUUUUCAUUCUCCACUGUAAAUUUCAAUGAUGGAUGAAGAUUGUUGAUGUUCUGUUGUUGAUACACGUUUCCAAUCUGGUUCGUCUUUAUAUUUCUCAGAUAAUCAUCCCUAUAUCUUGCAAAUAGAUUAGCAUCACCCUUUACGAUUUUAUCAAAUUUAUGCAUCCAACCGUUUGCGAGAGGUGGAGCGGGAGAACUCCCCAUUGCUAAACCAUCAACUUGCCGGUAAUACCCAUCGUUUGUUAACAUAAUAACGUCACAACUACAAAUCUUAAGUAGUUUUUUGAAAGUUAUUUUAUCAACUGGAGGCUUUUGGUAUUUAUAUUUUUUAUUUUGCUUACUAUUUCACUUACUGCAUUGUACUCGAGAAUAUUUUGUACACUUAUUUAUUAAAAGCUUGUUUCUCAGCACGCUUAUUUAUUAUCCAUGUAUAAAUUUUUGAAAUUUUAAUUUUUUUAUACGUUAUUAAUUUGUUUUUAUGUUAGGUGUAAGCGAUGCACUUGUCUGUCAUAAAUACAUUUAUAAAUUUUCGAAUAAGAUCUUCUGAUGAGGCUUCUUUAUGUAGGUUUUGCCGUUCCUCUUCAGUGUUCCCUCUCAUAAGUUAGUGAUCAAUUAGAAACACGAGAUAUAAUAACAAAAUAUGCUUCACAAACUCUUUGCUUUGUUCAGUGUAGUUAUUCUUCUUUACUUAUGAAAAACAGCCUGUAUAUAACACUGAAGAGAUUUGCAUUAGUUGUGCCCGUGUAUGUGUUUUUCCGUUAAAUUUUGUGAACAAUUUUUAUCAAAUAAAUCCAAUUUGUUUCUGAGACGGAGUCCUAAUCUGAUAACGGCACUGUUUCUUUCAAGUAAGCUUAUCAUUCUGUAAGCUCAUACUCUCCAAGUAAGCUCAAAAUAAGCUCAAAAUAUUAUUAGGGUUAUUGACCUUUAUUUUUAUAAAAUAUAUGCCCGACAUUUUUUUACGUUGUCUAAGAAUAGAAGAAAGUUCUCCUGCUUACCACACUGUCACGUUUACAAAAUAAUAAACUUUUAACAAUAAUCUAGAGCUGCCAGAAGAAAUUUCAGAACUGCGUUAAGUCGGGUAUGUUGUAGAUGUUUCACAAGUCAGGAAAGGUCAGGAAAUUUUAGUAUAGCUAUAAAACUUCAGCUAUCAACUAUUUUAGUGCAAAUUAAGUAUUGCUUUACAAAAGUUUUGGUAAUAAACCAUUUUACAUCAAAAGUCAGAAUAAUCUUCGUUUUAGUAAUGGAAGAGUCAGGGAAAAUUAAAAUGAUGUCAACUGGCCACUCAGUAAUCUGAUAUUCUUCUUUAUGAGAACUUUACAAUAACGAGAGUGAAAAUGAGGCAAAAAAAUAAGAACAACUUGAAAGCAAUUUCAGACAGAUGUUUCAGUGCAACAAUUUUUUUCAAAACACUUUUAAACAGUAAUAAACGAAUUUAUAGUCACCAAUUUUGCAUAUAUAUAUAUAUAUAUAAAUUCACUUAGUUUGUAAUAUUUUUCUAUUUAUAUUUUGAUACAAUCACGAAUAGUGUAAAUUAUUUGAACGUUUUUGUAGUCUGAUCACCAACUUUGUUGACAAGAACUUUUUUAAACAUUUUUUUUUUGAUAGAUUACACCGGGUUUUGCUUUGGUUGUCUGCGUAACCUUGAAAACCUUGAAUAUCUCAUUCAUCGAAAAAAUCUCCCAAACAUUUCUUUCUACCAGAAUGUGCCUCCUUGGCUGAACUAAUUAAGAAAUAUUUAUUGACAUUUUAAUGAAAAACAAGAAGCCCAGGGGGUUGAAGAUUUCCGUCAUUACCUGAAAGAUUUUAAAAUUUGAAGCAGACCUUGAAAAUGGAGAAUUAUGGGGUAAAAAAUUCAUUGAGUAUUCUAAUUUAUUAUUGCAACCUGUAUAUAUAUACUUAUACUAUUUACUAUAUAUAUACUUGUAUAUAUAAACGAACUUGUAACUCUCUUUGACGAAAAAAAAUAUACACACACACAACCUUGGAGGAAAGAAUACGGAA